AUGUCUAAUCACACGGCAGUGACGGAAAUUAUAUUAGUUGGAUUCCCUGGGCUCGCUGAAGCCUUUCAUGGCUUGGUAUCUACCAUGAUGUUCUUUGCCUAUAUGAUAUCGCUGAGUGCUAACGGCACCGUCGUAUGUUUGGUCACCUUUAAUGAAUAUCUACGUCAGCCCAUGUACCUGUUCAUAGCCAACCUUGCUGUUUCUGACCUAUUAUUUGACACCGUGACAUUACCAAAUCUCAUUGCCAGGUAUUGGUUCGGAGCUUCCACCAUUCCCUUGAGGAUGUGCCACUUCCAGAUCUUCUUGGUUCAUUAUUUUGGAAGCAUGGACUCCUUCCUCUUGAUGCUCAUGGCCGCAGAUCGAUAUGUGGCCAUCUGCCACCCACUGAGAUACACCUCCAUUAUGACCAAUAAAGCGGUCACCAUUUCCUGUGGCAUCUGCUGGAUCAUUUUGUCUUCUUCUUUAAAUUUACUGUGUGCCGUUCUAGCAUCACAGAUCCCCCUGUGUGGCCCCAACAAGGUUAACAGUUUGUAUUGUAGCUACACGGCCUAUGCAGCUUUAGCAGGUGCCGAUAUAUCCGGCUCAAGGAAGGUGGUCUUGACCAAUGCUAUGGUUGUUCUUCUAUUGCCGCUGGGGCUGAUAUUAGCUUCCUAUGUCAAAAUAAUAGUGACAAUCUUGUCGAUUCGCUCUGAGAGCCUCCGGAGAACAUUUUACACCUGCGUGACCCAUUUGUUGGUCAUCGCUUUGUAUUUCACUCCCCGAAUCUUUAUGUACAUUGUAAGUAAUGUUCCUCUUGUCAAGAUAAAACCUGAAACCAGCGCACUCCUACUUUUUCUCUACUCCUUUGUACCUCACAUGACCAAUCCAAUCAUAUAUUUCCUCCGAGCCAAAGAAAUCAAACAGACUUUGAGAUGGAUUCUCCAGAGAAACAAAUUUAAAGAGAGAGAUUGA